GAGAGAGAGAGAAAGUGGGCGCAAGGAGAAGAGAAGAGAGGAGCCCAGGACAGAGUGAGGGAGUGGUCCCCUUCACUCUCUGGGGUCCAGGGCGGGGCUACGGGUGGGGGGCAGCCCCAGUCUCCUCUCGCCUCUCCGUAGUGGUGGGGAAAUACCCUGGCGGGUCAGCCCUUUGUGGGGGUGUAGUGUUUGUGUAUGUGUCUGUGCAUGCGCGCGUGUGUCCAAAAGUGAAUGUGAGUGCGCGUGAACACAGGGGUUCAGCGACCUCCGCGGCACCCCCCUCCGGCCGCCAUGAGCUCCCCUCCGCCCCCCCGGAAGGGCUUUUACCGGCAAGAGGUCACUAAGACUGAGUGGGAGGUGCGGGAACUCUACCGGGACCUGCAGCCCGUGGGCUCGGGGGCUUACGGGGCCGUUUGCUCGGCUAUUGACAGCAGGACGGGCACCAAGGUGGCUAUCAAGAAGCUGUACCGUCCCUUCCAGUCGGAGCUGUUUGCGAAGCGCGCAUACCGGGAGCUGCGUCUACUCAAACACAUGCGGCACGAGAACGUGAUUGGCUUGCUGGAUGUCUUCACCCCCGAUGACACACUGGAUGACUUCACGGACUUUUACCUGGUUAUGCCGUUCAUGGGCACAGACCUCAGCAAGCUGAUGAAACACGAGAAGCUUAGUGACGACCGGAUCCAAUUCUUGGUCUACCAGAUCCUUCGAGGCCUCAAGUACAUCCAUGCCGCUGGCAUCGUCCACAGGGAUCUCAAACCUGGUAACCUGGCCGUGAAUGAGGAUUGUGAGCUGAAGAUUCUGGACUUUGGCCUGGCCAGACAGACAGACAGUGAGAUGACGGGCUAUGUGGUGACCAGAUGGUACCGGGCACCCGAGGUCAUCCUUAACUGGAUGCAUUACACUCAGACAGUGGAUAUCUGGUCUGUGGGCUGCAUCAUGGCAGAAAUGAUCACUGGGAAGAUUCUUUUCAAAGGCAGCGACCACCUGGACCAGCUGAUGGAGAUCAUGAAGGUGACAGGAACGCCUCCCCCAGAGUUUGUACAGAGGCUUCAGAGUCAGGAUGCAAAGAGCUACAUGGAAAGUCUCCCCGAGCUGGAGAAGAAGGACUUUGCUUCUGUCCUGGAGAACGCCACCCCCUUGGCUGUGAAUCUGCUGGAGAAGAUGUUGGUACUGGACGCUGAGAAGCGAGUGACGGCCGCCGAGGCGCUGACCCACCCAUACUUUGAGACUGUGCAUGAGUCCGAGGAGGAGCCACAGGCCCAGCUGUAUGAUGACUCCUUUGAUGAUGUCGACCGGACCCUGGAAGAGUGGAACGAGUCACAUACAAAGAAGUUCUCAGCUUUAAGCCUCCUCGGCUCCUGGAUUCAAAGGAGACAUCUCUGUGACUGGAUGCUGAGAUGGAAAGAGGGGUCCCUCAGAUUCAGGCCAGUAGGGACUCUUAUGGUGACUCCUAGUUGAGGGUGGGGGGCCAACAGUGAGUACCUCCUGGGAUGACUCUGAAGGGCUCAGCUGGCAGUGACCCCAACAGUGACUCUGGGAUUGGGGGCAGGGAGCUCUUGGGGUGGGCUGUGUCCCUCCCUCAGGGCUAGAAUUCCCCCACCCCCAUUUUGAGGCUGAGGGCCUGUUAGGAGAGGGGAUUCACUCAUCAGUAAGGGGAGGGGCAGGCAGGCCCCCCAGAUGAUUUGGAGAGAAACCCUGCUAGCCUACAGCCCCUCCUUGGUCCAAACACCCCAACAGAAGCCUCGGACCCUGACUCUGAUCUUGGGUUGCUGCUGGUGAUUGCUUCCCUGUCUCAUGGCAGGGGAAGCUUGGACGUCCAGCUUUGAUGUCCAGGCCUCUUCUCUUCAUUCACCCCCUGCCCCCCAGAUGUCAGUGGAGCUCGAGCUGGGGGGGGACCCCACAGGGCUGCAGUGGGCAGUUGUGACUCAGGGACAAUAUCCCUCCUCACCCCCAUAUGUAAAUAAACACUCCUGGCAAGAAUAA